UGUCAGCUGUGGAGCGGGGGACGAAGCACCGUGGAAACAUUCUUCAUUCACAGAUUUUUAUUGUCUGCCUUAUUCUCCUAUUCCUGUUCCGCCUGCAAUUUCUGUCCUACUGGACUCUGAGUUCUGCAGGUGAACCUGCCAACCUGAGCCAAACCAAGCAAACAUAGACCAAACUGCCUCCAAUCACAAUGGAUAUUGCCAUCCAGCACCCCUGGUUCAGACGUGCCUUGGGCUCCAUCUACCCCACCCGACUCUUUGACCAGUUUUUUGGAGAGGGAAUGUUUGAUUAUGACCUUUUCCCCUACACCGCCUCCACUAUCAGCCCCUAUUACAGACACUCACUUUUCCGCAACCUUCUGGAUUCUUCCAACUCUGGGAUUUCUGAGGUGAGGUCUGACAAGGACAAGUUUACAGUCUACCUGGACGUCAAGCACUUCUCCCCCGAUGAGCUGAGUGUGAAGGUGACUGAUGACUACCUGGAGAUCCAGGGCAAGCAUGGAGAAAGACAGGACGACCAUGGUUACAUUUCUCGCGAGUUUCAUCGCCGGUACCGCCUGCCCACUUCUGUUGACCAAUCAGCCAUUACCUGCACCCUGUCAACUGAUGGUCUGCUGACGCUGUCUGGUCCAAAGCUAUCUGGAGGAAGUGAAUCUGGUCGUGGUGAGCGUAGCAUCCCCGUCACCCGUGAUGACAAACCCAAUGCUGCUCCAUCCUCAUAGAGGAAAAUCGGUUCAGUUCCCCAAGAAUCUGCUAGUCUGAGAUGGA